CUUUUCUUUUGCGGCCGUGUAUGUAGGCACUUGAAUUUUAUUCACGGCUAAUUUCAAGUGUUAAAUGUGAUGGUUUUUAUUAGAGAUUUACAAAAUGGAUGUGGUAGGCCUUCUGAAUAAUAUACAUGAUAAAUCGGAUAUGUUUGCGGUCAAGACGUGGACGGCGGAAUGGACUAACAAUUUUGAAGAAAACCAGUUGCUAUGGUCAUUCUGCGGGUGCGUCGUGAUCUCACUAGUCGUAGUGUUCUUCUAUUACUACAAGAGAUGGCGGUCGAAAGAAAUGCUAAACGGCGCCCCGGCCACAGUGGAGCCCGCAAAGCGGUUCCGCAAACGCGACAAAAUGCUCUUCUACGGCCGGAGGAUGCUGCGUAAAGUGAAAUCCAUUUCGAACUCGGGCCAGGGCAGGAAACGACGGGCGGUCAUGCGCUUUGCUAGGAAACUACUUCAACUAAAGAAGGAGUCAGCGCCUGAACAGUUGAAGGUCCUAGAACCGCCCGCAGAAUACCUAGAAGAAGACCUAACGAACGACGAUCGGGUGCCGCCGGACGCUCUAUACAUGCUCCACAGUAUCCGAGUGUUUGGACACUUCGAGAAACCGGUGUUUCUGAUGCUGUGCAAGCACACGGAGAUACUCAAUUUGCCUGCGGGGGCUUUUCUUUUCAAAGUCGGUGACACGGACGAGAACGUGUACGUGGUUCAAAAUGGGCGCGUCAACGUGUACAUCACCAACCCAGACGGCACUAGUUUGUCUCUCAAAGUGGUCAGAGCGGGCGAGAGCGUCACGUCACUGCUGAGCUUCACCGACGUGCUCACGGGCCACUCUCAACCGUACAAAACCGUGAACGCCAAGGCUUUAGAGGACUCUCAAGUGAUCAAGCUACCAAUGAGAGCGUUCCAGGAGGUCUUCCACGAGUACCCUGACAUUUUCGUCAGAGUCAUACAGAUCAUCAUGGUGCGCUUACAAAGGGUAACCUUCACUGCGUUGCAUCAGUAUCUUGGUUUGAGCGCAGAGUUGGUUAAUCCGGGCCGUGAAAAACGCCGGCCUACCACAGUCGCCUCAUCGCCAGGUCGAAAAGUUACAGUCGAUUCCAGUACUUCUAUGCAUUCCCCACACCACAGCGAGAGGGUUGAACAUACUCAAGAGAACGGGCACAUGGCGUCCUCACCCAUUAACAUCGCCAGGAAAUCCAGACCGGACAUGGUACCCGACAUUACUACUAACACGCCGCAGCAGCAGCCAGACGUGCAGCCGACAUCGUCAUCGUUCCAAAGGAGCAAAGAGGGGUCGUCGUUCAAGAGGACCAAUACUGACAAUAUGGACGAGCAGGCCCUCAUACGAAUAGCGACCGAGGCUUUCAUCAAAGAACUCGGACUCGAAAACGACCAACUGCUUCAAGGAGCGGUCCAAGUCAGAGAUCUGCCCGCGGGCACUUACAUCAUGAAAGAGGAGAGCCAUAAGCUCUAUUAUAGUAUCAAAGGUGAACCAGAAAUAGUGCAGGACGUCGCACUGGUAUACCUGCUAUCCGGCGCACUGCUAGUGUCGCAAAAAGUCGCAGAAGGGGAGGGCGAGGUGCAUAUGUUCACGGCUUACCCAGGCGAAGUCGAAGGCGGACUUGCAGUGCUAACCGGCGAGCCAUCCUUCUUCUCAAUACGAGCGAAACACUUCUCGCGUAUCGGCCUCCUGUCCAAGACAACAGUGUACAGUAUCAUGCGAGAGAGGCCAUCUGUCGUGCUACAUAUCGCCAAUACUGUUGUACGGAGGUUGUCGCCGUUCGUGCGACAAGUGGACUUUGCUCUCGACUGGGUGUUCCUCGAGUCCGGUCGCGCUGUAUACCGUCAAGACGAAGAAUCUGGCUCCACGUUCAUUGUGCUGAGUGGUCGUCUGCGCUCCGUCAUAACGCACCCUAACGGCAAGAAGGGGCUGGUCGGCGAGUACGGCAAGGGCGACCUGGUUGGAAUCGUGGAGAUGGUGACCCAAACCCGUCGUAGUACGACCGUGAUGGCGGUUCGAGACUCUGAGCUGGCCAAACUACCUGAGGGGCUGUUCAACGCGAUCAAGCUGCGGUUCCCCGUAGUGGUGACUAGGCUUAUCAACCUGCUGGGACACAGGAUAUUAGGUUCAUGGCAGAAGCCGACAGCGGGUCUCGGAGGAGCGGCUUUAGAACCUCGAGUUUCCGCGCACAAUUUCUCAACAGUAGCGGUCGUGCCUGUGAGCGACGACGUACCGCUCACCGCCUUCACAUAUGAGUUGUAUCACUCGCUCUGUGCUAUAGGGCCGACAGUUCGCCUGACCUCAGACGUCAUUAGAAAACUGUUGGGUCUCACAAUAAUGGACCCCAACAACGAGUACCGGCUCAGCUCGUGGUUGGCGCAACAGGAGGACAAACACAAGGUGGCCCUCUACCAGUGCGAUCCUAGUCUAACGCAAUGGACGCAAAGGUGCAUCCGACAGGCAGAUUGCAUCCUGAUUGUUGCCCUCGGAGACAAGCAGCCUAGCAUUGGAAAGAUAGAGAAAGAAAUCGAGCGUCUAGCCAUCCGUACUCAGAAAGAAUUGGUUCUACUACACCGCGAAGGUGGAGCCAACCCCAGCGGCACCGUCCACUGGUUGAACAUGAGAACAUGGGUGUCGCAGCAUCACCACGUGCGCUGCCCACAUCGCAUGUUCACUAGGAAGAGCCAGUAUAGAGUGAGCGAGCUAUACAGCAAAGUCCUGAUGUCAGAAGCGAGCGUGCACUCGGACUUCUCCCGUCUCGCUCGCUGGCUUACGGGGACAUCUGUGGGUCUAGUGUUAGGCGGCGGCGGCGCCCGCGGCGCUGCUCACGUCGGCAUGAUACGGGCCAUACAGGAAGCCGGCAUACCGAUAGACAUGGUGGGCGGCGUGAGCAUAGGCGCAUUCAUGGGCGCCCUCUGGUGCAUGGAGAGGAACAUUACCACUGUCACGCAAAAAGCCAGGGAGUGGUCACAGAAAAUGACCCAAUGGGGCAAGCAACUAAUGGACCUGACAUACCCAGCGACAUCUAUGUUCUCCGGCCGACAAUUCAACACCACAAUCCGUACGACGUUCGGCGAGGUCCACAUCGAGGACCUGUGGCUACCGUACUUCACUGUCACCACGGAUAUCAGCGCGAGCUGUAUGCGGGUGCAUAGACAUGAUACGUUGUGGAGGUACUGCCGGGCUUCGAUGAGUAUAGCGGGCAUAUUCCCGCCGAUCUGCGACCCGAAGGAUGGGCAUCUGCUGCUGGACGGGUGCUACGUCAAUAAUGUGCCUGCCGAUGUAAUGCGCUCCUUAGGCGCCAAACACAUCCUAGCCAUAGACGUGGGGUCCCAAGACGAUACGGACCUCACGAAUUAUGGCGAUGACCUCUCCGGAUGGUGGUUAUUAUGGAAAAGAUGGAAUCCAUUCACAACCCCGGUGAAAGUGCCAAAUUUGCCAGACAUACAGAGUCGACUCGCCUACGUAUCAUGCAACCGGCAAUUGGAGGAGGUGAAAAAAUCCGACUACUGCGAAUACAUCCGGCCGCCGAUAGACGCGUACAAAACUCUCCAGUUCGGCUCGUUCGACGAGAUCCGCGAGGUGGGGUACCGGCACGGCGCCGCGUACUUCGAGGGGCAGCGGCGAGGCGGCGGCGGCGGCGUGUCGGGCGCCGCCGCCGACUCGAGGCGGGCUGACGACAUCCCGCAGCUGACUGACUACACAUUCACGGACCUAGCACAAAUGGUGUGCUCGGUCCGCACGGGGCGCGGCACUGACAACGACUCCUCCUCCUCGUCUGACUACGAGGAGGACCCGAGACACUUCGAGGGCUACGCCUCGGAGCCCAGCGCGGGCAUCAUGGAGAUGUCUUCAAGCGUUGAGGAGGGAGCGGCAUGGAUCAGUGACACUGAAUUGGAGGGUCUGCGUACCCGGCGCGUCGGUGGCUCCCUCUCGCUGUCUGAAGAUGAAAUCGACUCGGAGUCAGAGGUGUAUGACCCGCUUAAUAAACGUGGAGGGGGCAGGUGAGACGCAACCCUGCACGACUUGUGCAAAGCGCUGUACGAGCAUACUCGCGGCGUCUGCCAAAACUGAACGGAUCAUAUACAUACCUGCGGACUAUAGGGAGCGUGCGUGGACUGUAGGGGGCAGCUAAGGAGCCCCUUGUUUAUUGGCGCAAAGUGAUUAAGAUUCAGAUUCAGACCACAAGAUGGCAGAACCUAAAACGCGCAAGGAAAAGUGCGUGCACUGUACAGCUCCUGCUUUGGCGUGAAGUGUCAAUGUCAAGUUUAAGUUUCCAAUUUAGGCCACAAGAUGGUAGAGUUCCAACGUGCACGGUCCCUAUAUAUGUGCAAUAACCACAACGUGCGAACUAUGCCAAAUAUAGACUAGUACCAAGUUAUUAGGCUUGAAAUGCGCCAGCCAGAAAGCUACCUUGAAGUGUUAUAAUUAGAAUCGAAUUUGGAAUUUCUGCUUGCGCGAUAUCUCGUCCGUGUGACUCGAAGGGUUCAACUCUACUUGAAUACCUCAAAAACCUGUCAUUGGCUUUUAAAGUGCUGUAAUUUAAAAACAAAUGUUGCUAUAAUGUCAGUACGGAUAAGUAUGGCUGCGGGAUAAGUGUGUGAAUGUAUGAAUUCGCAAUAAACUCUAAUGUGUAAACAUUCCCAAUGUGAAUGCCAGCCAUACUUACCUCGCAGCCACACUUGUCCGUAUUGACAUUAAUAGAACGGAUUGUGUACAGAUGUAGUGCAAAAUUAUUUUCCUUCUUAUUUUCACGGAUACGUACGAACGUGUCUUGCUAUUUCAGUCAGUCUCGGUACAAAAUGUACUGAGGUUGUCUGAAGUAGCAUGACAAAUACGAACGUUUCCGAGAAAAUACGAUGGAAAACAAUUAUGCACUACGUCUGACCUAAGUGUUUUUGUAUCACACUUUCUACGUAGAAGUAAAGUAUUAGAGACAAUAAAUAAUACGUUGACUAGGAAGUCAAGCAAGUCAAUAGGAAUUUGUACAUACUACAUAUAGAUCCUACAGUCGCCGUUAGAUAUAUCGAAGCGGCCAUGGUGCUCAAUAAUAUCUAAACCUGCUCUUUAACGUUUUUAUGAUAGAGGUUUCGUUCAGAUAUUUGUGAACGCCUUUGGUAACUGUAUAUUUUGAAUAGGGUUCUGUAACACAUAGACUGCUCAUCUAACACCAUUAAAUAGUAUAAUAUACCAUAUUUAAGUCACAUUUUAAACACGUAAUGGUGGCCUUUUCGUGAAAUUCACAUUUGGCCUUAAUUAAUGUUUCUUAAAAUUUUAAUAAAGCAAGAAAAUCGACAAUGUACAGUCAACAGCAAAAGUUGCUAAGCGGGUCAGGUAUUCAAAAUGAUCUUGACGCGACUUGUUAAGAGAAUAAGAGCGUGUCAAGGUAAUUUUGAACACCUCGCCCGCUUAGCAACUUCAGCUGCUGACUGUACAAGAAUAUUCAGACGAUUUUAUUGUUUUAUUUAACCCUUUGAACGCCUAUCGUGCGCGGCGCGUCAUCGUGAACGUUGACGAAGGUUGAUAUUGGGCUGUAGCCGCGCGCGUCAGUUCACGGGGGUUGUGCACAAAUCACGCGAGGUGUUUUCGGCUACUUUUUGACCCCCCCUCCCCCUUGGUGAUAUUUGGUGAGGUUUUUGGCUACCCCCCUCCCCCCACACAACCUCACGUGUAUUUUUUUGAUUUUUUUUCAUUCGACCUAAUUUUAAGAUAAAUAAGUAUUGUAUAUAGAAAAAAUUGUUUGUUUUUCUGUUUUCGUUAAAUAGACUCACUAUUUUGAAGUGCAGAGUGAAGAUUUAUGUUUAACGAAACCGAGAAAAAGUAUCUACUCAUGUGGUAGGUUUUUGUUUCUUAGUUUCUUUCACUGUAGAAAAAUACACGUGAGGUUUCCUUAUACCCCCCUCCCCCAACGUGAUCUAUCGUGAUUUUUUCGUGACCCCCCCUCCCCCUGUCGAACCUCGCGUGAUUUGUGCACAAGCCCACGUCUGUGGUGGUCAUAGGGUUAAUAGUAGAGUAGAUCUAUAAAUAGAACUUCUCGUUAAUGUACGCCAAAUAUUCAUAUCACUAUAAAAUAACAAUAUCACACAUUUAAAAUUAUUUGUAAGUGUAUUUGUGACGUUCCACGGCAAAAGGUACCUUAUGGCGGCUGGCAUAGCGCCGCAAUAAUAUUGGAUAUCGGCAUAUAAUAUCGGCGUUAAUAAUAGCGUAAGCGCCAACCUCCAUAAGGUACCUUUACCCGUGGGACGUCACAUUUUAUUAUAUAAAUAACUGAUAUCUAUAUCGUUGUAAUGCAAAAAGUUUUAGUAAAAUCUUAUAAAAUGCAUAAAGUCACUCAAAUAGCCCGACGUUUUUGAGCGGCGCAGUUAAAACCGUCUGCGGGAUAAUUCCGUAAAUUCCGUUACACAGUUGACAGUUGGUUGGUAUACUGAAUUCCCCGCAAACUUAUUUAGCCGCACUGAUUUUAAAAUAGUAAAAUACAUUUGCUUUUGGCAUUGUAAUUAGUGUAGUAUCUAAUGAAUAAGAUUUGUGACCUCUUAAAAAGCGCUUCGGGUAUCGGGUAACAAGUAUCUUGCUUACAUAUGCAAACGUUGCUAUGGCAACCGAUGCCGCAAAACGCACUGACAUAAUUUACCCCGUUUCCGAAUAAAACCCAGUGCACAGUCGUCAUCAGAUAUAUCAGAGCGGCCUACGUGCUCACAAUCUAAACACGCACUAUAACGCUUUGAUAAUACAGAUAUUUGUGAGCACCUUGGCCGGUCCAAUGUAUCCGAUGGCUGCUGUACCUAGAAUACGGCUAUGCUGAUGUUCAUUUUGCUAAAUAUAAUAAGGUCAAUGUGGCUAAUUCCGUCAUAUAUUCCGUCUAAUAGCUUAUAUUUCUUUGAUUUUCAAUCGUAGGAUAAAAAACCAUUUGCUUUUGAUUGAUGAAACUAAGAGCAAUCGCUGCUUUGCCGACGAAUUUAUCAAUGAUGUUUGUUAUUCGAAAAAAACCAAGUGGACGGAAUAGUCCCUAUGACGGAAUAACCACAUUGACCUUACUGUAAAUUUCACUUGAACCCGAAGUGUUUUGACAUAGCGAAUAGUUGAAACUAUAAUACUUAAGGAUUGUAAAUAUAAUUUUAUUGUAAAUAUGAAAAAGACAACUCAUAAAACGAAGUAUUGUCUUAGCUAAUUUGAUAAUGCAAUUAGAUUAGUAAAUAAAAAAUUGCAAGAAUUUGCUAGUAAAAUUAGGUAUUAGUGCGGAACUUGUGAUAAAAUUGUGACUAAUCCAAAUUUACAUUUUACCUUCGAUACACUUUAGUGCCAUAUGAUGUAUAAGACGUACCUAUUUAAUAAGGCUUUUUCAGUAUAUGGCGGACCCAAUGUUAUGGAGCAUUAUAAAAAUACAGAUGUAGUGCAUAAUUAUUUUCCAUCGUAUUUUCACGGAAACGCACGAACGUGUCUUGCUAUUUCAGUCAGUUUCGGUACAAAAAGUACUGACGUUGACUGAAGUAGCAUGACAAAUACGAACGUUUCCGAGAAAAUACGAUGGAAAACAAUUAUGCACAUCUGUAUCCAAUAGGGGGCCUAGUAACAUGUCGUGACAUGUCAUCAUUUACAUUUUAGUGUAGUAUUUUGAUAGACAUCACUAAUCGUAUUUUAUGAUAUCGUAUUUCAUUUAAUAAUUGCCUCCACGGUGAAAUAUGAGCUUUAGGGGCUAAUCAUAUUGGAAAUUAUUGCUAUAGGUGCGUAAAUAUCUAUACAGAACACACGCAAAAAAUGCGUACAUAUUUAUGCAACCAUGUACAUAUGUAGUAUAUCUCAAAUAGUUUUUUUUUUGUUUGAUUUCGAUGAUAUUUGGUGUUUAGACAUGGAGUUCCCUAUUCUGUACAUAAUACGCGCAAUUUCACCAUAAGUAUACGAGUAUCUGCCCGAUUCGAACUUUAAGAUACGUCAAUUAAUAGAUAUAGAAUAAAUGUGUCGGUGUCAAAAGUGACGUUUUUGCUUGAAGAAACGUCACAUUUAACACUGACAUGUAAUCCAUAUCGUUUCUGGAUCUAUUAAUUGACGUAUCUUAAAGUUCGAACCGGGCCGUAUGUCCUAAAAAUCGAAAACGUAUUGUCUUUUCGACGCCCAACGGAAAAUUACACACAUUUUUUUUGUCCCAAAUUUCAUAUUUAUUUGUUCUAAUCAGAAUGAGGAUCUCUUCAAAUCAGCCAAAUUAUAUCCAAAUCGAAUGAAAAAAAAAACUACGAAUAAAAUAAAAUAAAAAUAGGCCCGUUUAAACUGAGAUAAAUACUAUCUUAAUUGUACUUUCGACGAUACAACGAUAAUCCAACCAAGUGGGGCACUUUCGUCAGCAUUUUGCUUCAUAGGGAUAUGAGGGUUUGUUUUCUAUGCAAAUAUGACGUGUAUAGUGACAUUUCCUCACUUUGUUAUGUUCAAGUCGGUGCCAAGUUAGCUUAGAUAGAAGGACAUUCUAUAACAAGCUGACCAGUUUUACUAUAAUUGUCUUCAAGCAAGUUUGUAAUUAAAAAAACUGUAUGUAACAGCUUGACGUAUUACCCCUCUAACGGAAUAGCCCCGCCUGGCCUUACCUUAUUUUGUAUAAUGAUAAUAUACCGGAUAUGGUGCGUAAUGCGUAUGCAUAGAAACGUAUAUUCUUGCUAGAAAAACAAAUAUAUUGACGGCUUUUGUAUAUUUGCACAAUUUUGACUUCCAAUAUUCUUGGCUUGGAACAGAUUAUUUUUAUAAUAUGCUGUAGGUGACACAACGUAAAAUAGCAAUAGUAUAGUAACCGUGAAUUUUUCAAUUUCAUAGAUUAAUAGUAUUUUUAUUUUAUUAUUCUCUUAGUUUGUAUUGAUUUAUUUGUAGUAUUUGAUUAUUAAAAGAAAUCAGACGCCUUACGAUAGUCACCUUUUUCGACAUCACUUUUUUUAAUGUCCUAAGUUACCCGAAUUAUGUUUUCAAAACUAUAUAUGAAGUUUUCCCAAUAAUUUUACUGUAAAACUCUGUAAGUCUGUAUGGCGUAGUUUGUAUACAUACUUUUAAUAUAGUGCAUUUUUAAGCUUAGAAUAAAUUUAAAAGUGGAAAAAUUACUGUCUUGGGUGAGACUUGAACUCACUGCCUCUGGAUCGAUACUCCAGCGCCUGCCAUCUGAGCCACCAAGACCUCAUCCAUAGCCAGCAAAUCUUUCCACCAUAUUAUAGGUCAAGGGGACCUUAGCGACAUCUACCGCAAGAGUGUUACACUUCUUAAACGGCUACCGGAGUUCCAAGUCAUAUUGGAAAUUCACCAGUUACGAUGUGCUACCCAUACUAAUUCACACAUCGUAACUGGAGUAUCGAUCCAGAGGCCGUGAGUUCAAGUCUCUCCCAAGACAGUAAUUUUUCCACUUUUAAAUUUAUUCUAAGCUUAAUAGCAUCGUUCGCAGACGUUUCUGCUUGUUAAAAAUUAAAAUUAGUGCAUUUUUGUUAAAUAUACGUAUUAUUUUUAGGACAAUCUGAUACGUUUAAUAUGUUCGGUUCAUUGUAAGAUGUACUCAAGGUCCAGUUUACGGCAUCACUUUCAUACUUUUUUCUGUUAAAGUCCGAGCAGAGUUAGCUUAAACGGAGUCUAUGAAAUCACACUUUUGUCUUAGCUACUCUACCACUUAUCUGUCAAGUGAUCAUAUCCGUACAUGGCGGGAAGAAGUUGAUAACUCGAGAUAUUCUACCGAAGAAAUUUGAACUUAGAAUCAAUUUACAUAAGGUUCAAAUUUCUUCAACUUUUUCCCGCUAGAUAUCAACUUCUUCCUGCCGUGUACGGAUAUAGUCCACCGGUAAACCUUAUUACAAAAGGAAUAAGGUCCACCGAUGUACAGUUAAGAGUGUAACUGUUUGUACGGACGACUGAGACGAUUUAUACCGUGUAGUACAUCUUCGAACAAAAAAUGAGCGGAUCUGGGGUAAAAACAAGUGACGACGCGACAGAUUUAAGCAGGUUUACAGAUGUAGUGCAUAAUUAUUUUCCAUCGUAUUUUCGCGGAAACGUACGAACGUGUCUUGCUAUUUCAGUCAGUAUCGGUACAAAAAGUACUGAGGUUGAGUGAAGUAGCAUGACAAAUACGAACGUUUGGACGAAUCUUUAGGCAUGUUUGCGGCGGGGCGCGCCCGGGCGGACCGUCGCCGGCGAGCAAAUGAGUUCGAUAUUUAGAAUUUCGAACGAUUAUAAAAUGUUCGAAGUUGGACUACUUGGUUUAAAAAGACACCUUCCUUAUACUGUGACUGAGAUAGUUAUAAGUUCGCCAAAUGGCACAAAAUGUCCUUUCGGUACUUAUCCCUUGGAACGUCUUCACACAUUGAAGGUUUAGGGCUGGUUCCACACCCGAGUAAAAUUUCUUACACAAGAGAAAUUUUAACCCUUUAAACACUAAAGCGUUUAAAGGGUUAAAAUUUCGUAAACGUCAUAAACAAUGUCGUCACUCACACGCCACGGUUACGGGCGCAAGCGAGCUAAUGUAAGCCUUACUUGAAAGUGUAAAGGUUACUUUGACAGCUUACGCCAUGAUACUUAUGUGACCAUGGCGCUGUGGGGACGACUAGUUACGACGCCUUUAGGUGUUCUUGGCGUUUAAAAGGUUUCGUGCAAGCAGCCUUUCAAUUAAUUGUAGCUAAAAGAUACGUCAUGUGAAAAUCAUUAAGUUAUGUCCACACUAUGUCCUUUUUUAUCUACAACUUUUAUUUUAACCUUUACAUUGUAGCCGGUGUAGCAGAAGUUGGCAUAAAAAAUUGGAAAAAGGCAGUGUGUGGGUACAGCUUUAGACGUCCAAGAUUUAGAAAGGCUUAAAUGUAUGUUUCACUCGAUUUACAUGGUACUGAAAGGGAUAGUAAUAUACCAAAUGUGUAGCUCAAGUAGAUUUUAAUUGUUUGAUUACGUUCUUGGGUUCAAAAUAAAUGUGCUUACAAUUUG